UCUGCAGCACAGCGGAGAUGCUGGAAGCGGCGGUGAGUUCACAGCGCCCGAGAAGGGCGGCAAGAGGCGUGUAAACUCCUGGGUCCCCUACGGCAGCCGCUGCCCCGCGACCCUCCGCCGGCCCCUCCUCGCCCCGCACGCCGCUGGCCUCGCCGCCCCUCGCCGCCGCCGGAGGAGGCUGCCCACCCCAGCGGCCCAGGAUGCAGUUUCGCCUCUUCUCCUUUGCCUUGAUCAUCCUGAACUGCAUGGAUUACGGUCACUGCCAGCCCGGCCGCUGGAGACGCAGCAAGAGAGCUAGCUAUGGACCAAAUCCAAUUUGCAAAGGUUGUUUAUCUUGUUCAAAGGAUAAUGGGUGCAUCAGAUGCCAACACAAGUUAUUCUUCUUCCUACGAAGAGAAGGAAUGAGACAAUAUGGUGAAUGCUUGCAUUCCUGCCCAUCGGGGUACUAUGGACUUCGAACGCCAGAUAUGAACAGAUGUUCAAGGUGCAGAAUAGAAAACUGCGACUCCUGCUUUAGCAGAGACUUUUGUACCAAAUGCAAAACUGGCUUUUACUCGCACAGAGGCCGCUGCUUUCGAGGAUGCCCUCCUGGAUUUGCAGCCUUGGAAGAGCUUAUGGAAUGUGUGGAAGGCUGUGAAGUGGGUCAGUGGAGCGAGUGGGGAACUUGCAGCAGAAAUAACAAAACUUGUGGAUUUAAGUGGGGGUUGGAAACAAGAACAAGACAAAUUGUGAAGAAACCAGCGAAAGACACAAUACCCUGCCCAACCAUUGCAGAAUCCAGACGGUGUAAAAUGGCCGUGAGGCAUUGUCCAGGAGGGAGAAGGCCAGCAAAAACAAAGGACAAAAAAAAGAAGAAAAAGAAUUUGAUGGAAAGGGCUCAGAAGCAGCACAGCAUCUUUUUAGCAACAGAUAAAACAAGCCAGUAAAGACUUGAUUUUCUUUAAUAUAUUUUUUUUGCAAAGUGCACAAAAGCUGCUAUAUGCUCCUGCCCAUGGAUGCACUACAGUUCAGCUGCUUUGACAGUAUUGGUGGCAAAUAACUUGUGAAAAUAAAGCCCACAAGCUUGUUUGUUUUAUUUAUAUAUUUUUUAUUUUAUUUUUUCCUCUCAUUUUUGACCUGAAGACUUCAAGGUCAGGAGCACACUGAGUUGAAUCAGUGGAAGUGGUCCUGAAGUGCAUUGGAGAUAAUGUUCUGAGUGCUUGGUCAACAUGUUGACCAGGAAAGAAAUCUACGUAGCACCAUUAGGCGGACUUGUGCAUAUUUAAAUAAAUAAAAAAAGGAAGUCUUGGAGGUGUAGGUACUGUUGCAUUUAUGGCCUUUGUUUCCUAUAUUUGUACAUUUCAAGAGUAAAUGGAUAUGAAUUACCUACUUAGUGUUAAUGUACAUUGUUCUCAGCACCUGCUUCAUCAAAACAGUUGUAUAAUAAAACUGCUUUAAGACAACAUGCCACAGGAUUCACUACUUAGACUUACAGAAGCACAAGAGACUCCAUGUGUACAUACUACUCUGUCUACAUAUAAAUGAACAUAUUUACUGUACAUCUAUGCAUCUUUCUGUAUAAUACUUUAUACAUGUUUAAAAGUAUGUCCUGUUGGUUCUAGUAAUAUACUUUAAUCCAGUAAAUGUUUACCUUUUACUAUGUUUAAGUAUCUUCUCAUAUUCCUCAAUAGUUACAAACUGGAUUUUUUUUCUCAUUUGCAAAGGACACUCAUUUGCAAAACUACCUUGCACUGACGCUCACUAUGGAGUGUCAGCUCAGAAGUAUACUUGCCAGACUAGUCCACAAAUCUUUUACUCUACUCUGUACUCUUAUCUCAGCCCUCAUGUAUUUUGUCUCAGAAAAGAAGUGUAAUGUUUUCUAAGAUGAGGCACAAUGACGAUAGAUAUUUUGAGUGUCAGGAGAGAAAUUAUAUGUAGAGUUCUUGGUAUCUAAGAUUGUUUGUGCAGUCUAUUGUUGGUUUUUUUUUUUUCCAAAUAUACUAUAGUAUUUUAUUUCAGUUAGUCCUGAUGCAGUCAGAAAACAAAUAACCUGAAUAGGGAGAAACAAAAAGUUACAUGAGGUCAACGAUGUCCCAGUAUUGCCAGUUAUUUGCAGAAGUUUAGAACAUUUAAUCUGCAGCUGGUGUUUGCUUUGGUUUUUUUUUUUUUUAGGGGGUGGGGGGUGAGGAGUGGAGACAAUUUUCUGUGUAGGACAUUAAAAUGGCUCAGGAUGUGUAAUUUGGUAAUCUAACAUUAUUGGACUAGCAUUCAAGGAGAUUUUGGGAUACCUGCUGGGAAAAGCUCACACUAAAAUGGCUGUCAUUUAAGAUGUCACUUCAAGAAAUUAUUUCAGUUCUAGGGAUAAAACUUGCAUAUGACCUACACAAAAAAUGAAAAAGCAAAACAGAUCCCAGACUUUCACAAACCUCAUUUUGACAUAUAUGUUAGAAACAUCCCACAAAUACCAGUUUUAGUUUUAUGGAUUAUAUGCUUUCCAACUAAACUAGGGAAAUAAAGCAUCUAUAAGCACAAAUGUAUCAGUAUUUAGCUAUGACAAGUGUUGCUACCGAAAUGUGCAGUAGUUAGACACAUAUGAAUGUUCCAUUAACUGCUUGUGGACUUCCACUCAACUGUGAGAUUUUCACCAUAUGUUCAUAUUUACCUAAAACAUAAUAAUGUUAUGGACAAUAAGAUUGUUCUGAUCCUGGGCUGCUAUUUUGGACAUAAAAUGCUCACUUCAAAGAAAAAAAAGAAAAAGACAGUAGGAACUGUAGCUACCUGUUUGCUUAUUGGUUAUCAAAUUUGGCUCUAAGUGCAGUGAAUGCCCUCAUACAAGCCUUUCAAUAGAUGUUACAAAUAUUGUAUUAGGCAUGUCAUGGAAAGAAUGCUACAAAAUACAAUAAAAUGAUGUCACAA